AUGAAUAAAGGCGGCUCCUUUUCAAAGAACUCCAAGGAGGAUACCGAGAAAUCAGAGAAGAAAUGCAAGGCCUUCAAGGACAUUUCCAAAUACUUCUCUAAGGAAGAGUGGGCAAAUCUUGGAUACUCAGAUAAAAUCACCUAUGUGUACAUGAAGAGAAACUAUGACACCAUGACUAGUCUAGGUCUCAAGGCCACUCUCCCAGCUUUCAUGUGUUCUAAAAAAAGGGCCAAGCAAUCCAGUGGGUGUGAUUCUGAUGAAGAUCAGAACCCCAAGAAUCAGGCACAGCGGUAA